CUGCGAUGCUCUAAAUCCUGGAAACCUCUCUCCUAUUUUUGUACAGAGGCUACAGCCAUACAAACUUUUUUAACCCUGUGUUCAUGCCCAUCCCUUGCCGAGUGUUUUGUGUGAGGAAGGAUGCGGUGGCGGCUGCAAAUGCUGUUCCAGAGGAAACUUAAAAUCUGCUUUCUCUUUCUUCUGUUCUUGGCUCUUGUCGUGCACCUGGUGAUGGAUUUUGGUCUCCCCAAAACCCACAGGUCCUGUGGCUGCGAUACUAAAGCAUCAACAGCCACGGGUGUCCUGUCAGGCAGCCCCAUGCCAGCCAGCCUCAAAAAACUGAGCCUGCGAAUCCUUCAGGAUUUCAGUGGAAGCAACGGUUCCUUGGAGAAAAGUUCCCAGCCAGAGAGAGCGGGGCUGUACUUAAGGGCUGGAGAGCCAGGGGUCCAACAGCAGCAUGAAGAGGCGAAUGCAGAGUGGACCAAGGGAUCAAAGCUGGCAGCACUUUUCAAGCAUCCUCUUUACAACAUCCCGGUCCCAGAGGUGACAGAGAAAGACAAGCUGUUUAUCAUCAACCCCAUGGAGAAGUUCAGCCUGCGCAGUAGCGGGAGUGAUGAAUGGGUCAGCAGCAGUAAAGCCGAGACGCUCCUCCCGACAGGGAAGACAGCCUAUGACACCUACCCCACCUGGCUCAAAUUCCACAUCGGCAUCAACCGCUAUGAGCUGUACCCCCGCCGGGACCCCUUGUUGCCCACGCUCCUCCGGGACUUGGCCACGCAAAGGAUCAUCAGCUCGGUCCAGAAGUCCGGCGGGACCCAGCUCAAGCUCAUCAUGACGUUCCCAAACUAUGGGCAGGCCCUCUUCAAGCCCAUGAAGCAGACCCGGGACCAGGAGACCCCCAUUGAUUUCUUCUACUUCUCAGACUUUGAGCGGCACAAUGCAGAGAUUGCAGCCUUCCACCUGGACAGGAUCCUGGAUUUCCGGCGAAUUCCUCCAGUUUCUGGCCGUUUGAUCAACAUAACAAAGGAAAUUCGGGAUAUCACCACAGACAAGAAACUGGCCAAGACUUUCUUCAUCUCCCCAGCGGGUAACGUCUGCUUCUAUGGGGAGUGCUCCUACUACUGCUCCACCGAGCACGCCCUCUGCGGCAAACCGGACCGGCUGGAGGGCUCCAUGGCUGCCCUGCUCCCUGACAAGACCCUGGCCAAGCGCCGCUCCUGGCGCAGCCCCUGGCGCCGCUCCUACCACAAGAGCAAGAAGGCUGAGUGGGAGCUGAACCCCAACUACUGCGCUCAGGUGCGAGAGACGCCGCCCUACGACAGGGGCCAUCGCCUCCUCGAUCUCAUCGACAUGGCAAUCCUCGAUUUCCUCAUGGGCAACAUGGACCGGCACCACUAUGAGACCUUUGAGAAAUUUGGGAAUGACACUUUCCUGCUCCACCUGGACAAUGGUCGCGGCUUCGGCACACACUCACGCGAUGAACCGUCCAUCCUGGCCCCUCUCCAGCAAUGCUGCAGCAUCAAGAAGUCGACUUACCUGCGGCUGCAGCUGCUGGCCACCCAGCCCUACCGCCUGAGCGACGUGCUGCGGGAGGCGCUGGCCGCAGAUCCACUGGCCCCUGUCCUGGCUGAGCCCCACCUGCAGGCACUGGACCGGCGCCUGGGGAAGGUGCUGGUAGCGGUGGGACACUGCCUGGCCAGGGCAGCCCACCAGGAAAAGGUGCUGGUGGAUGAUGUGGGGCCAUGGGUGUGACGGGGGCUGGGUAUCCUGCUGGAUUGGGCUAUUUUGGUGCGCUGCCGAGGGUGCUGUGGGGAUCGAUGUGCAGCUCUGGUUCUGUGUAACGUCAGCUUUUGGUGGUGCCAGAGCUGGUGGUGUGAUGAACCAGGAAAGCAGGUUGUAAGGAUAGGUGGGACAGGGAGGGAAUUUAAAUAAAAAGGUUGGCC